AUGAAGUCACACGGGUCCUUGGCCUGCCUCCUGCUGGCCCUGUGCCUGGGCAGCGGGUCUGCUGGCCCACUGCAGGGUGGAGGGGAGAGCGUGGGGCAAGGGCUGGGAGACGCUAUUAGCAAUGGAGUUGGGGAGGCCAUUGGCCAAGGAGCCAAGGAGGCAGCCAGCUCUGGAAUCCAGGAUGCCAUUGGCCAAGGGGGUGGAGAAGUUGCCUCUAGAACCAGGGAGCUGGGGGACACUGUCAGCCACAGGCUUGGGGAAGCGGCCCGGACCCUGGAGAACACUGGGAACGAGGCCGGCAGACAGGUGGAGAACGCCAUCCACCACGGAGUGGAUGCGGCCCGCGGCGCUGAGGCUUGGGGAACAUCCGGAGGCCAUGGUGUGUUAGGCCAUAAUCAGGGCAAUCUUGGAGGCCCAGGGUCUCCCUGGGGUCAGGGACACCCCGGAGGCUCAGAAGGCAGCUUCGGAACCAACUCUCUGGGAGGGUACUCAGGCCAGGGAGGCAGUGGAGGGUCACAAAGCUUUGGGACCGAUGCUCAGGGAGCAGUGGCCCAGCCUGGCUAUGGUUCAGUGAGAGGCAGCAGCCAAAAUUCAGGGUGCACCAACCCCCCACCCUCCGGCUCCGGUGGAAGCUCUAGCAACUCUGGGGGAAGCAGCAGCUCACAGUCAGGCAGUGGCGGCAGCAGCCACGGUGGCAGUAGUCACGGUGGCGGCAGCAGUGGUGGCAGUAGUCAUGGUGGCAGCAGCAGUGGUGGCAGCAGUCACAGUGGCAGCAGCAGUGGCAAGAGUGGCAGUGGCAGCAGCUCUGGGUCCAGCCGGGAACGACAGCCAGAAAACUCCAGGGAAUUGGAUCAAAGCUUUUCAGUGUCCAAGGGAUCCGACUCCGGCCCUUCCUCAGGCAGCAGCAGUGGUGGCAGUGGUGGAUACAAGCCCGAGUGUGACAACCCAGGGAAUGAAGCGCGACAGGCUGGAGGAUCUGGGAGUCAGGAAAGCAGAGAGAACAGUCACCUCCUUGGGGGGUCCAAUCAUCAGGGGCAAGGGUCCAGUGGGGACAGUGGAAGAGGUGAUGCUGUCAGCGGUCUCAAUACCGUGAACUCUCAGACGUCUCCUGGGCUCUUCAAUUUCGACACUUUCUGGAAGAAUUUUAAAUCCAAAAUGGGUUUCAUUAACUGGGAUGCCAUAGAAAAGGGCCGAGUCCCGUCCCCCAGCACCCGAGCCCUCCUCUACUUCCGCCGCCUCUGGGAGAAUUUCAAACAGAGAACUCCUUUCUUCAACUGGAAAGAAAUUACUGAGGAUGCAGACGUGUACACAUUCCAGAAGAGGGCUGGUGGUGCUGAUCAGUUUCCUCAGCCUGGCUCAGGAAGGCAAGAGGUGCCAGCCGUAACUUCCAAGAACUACAAUUACAACCAGCAGGCAUAUCCCACGGCCUACUACGGGCAGGUCAAGACCCCUGCUAAGGGAGGAGCCACGAUUUCUUCCUCGGCUUCCCGGGUGCGACCCGGCCUGCUGCAGUGGGUGAAGUUUUGGUAGAAAACCACUUUGAGUCACUACUGAGACCUAUACACACCUGUCGGCAAGGAGUCUGACUGAGCUGCUCUCCAGCUGCCCCAGCCUGAGCCGCCCCGGCCUGGGUGCUGGCCUCCCAUCUUCUGGGCCGGACCUGGCUCACCUGUUCCUUGUUUCUUCCCACUCCACCGUGGUGUCUCCGUCACCACCAGCCUCAUGGGAGAAACCAGAUGCUUUCUUCAUUUGCUCCAUUUGUGACAUGAAAUCACCGUGACAAUUUUGCAGGGGGAAUUUUCUACUCUUGGGUUUCUCUGGGAAAUA